AUGGCAGCCGCCGUCGUGUCAGGCAAGGACAUCGAGAAGCCUCAGGCUGAGAUCUCGCCCAUCCACCGCAUCAGGAUCACCCUGACCUCCCGCAACGUGCGCUCCUUGGAGAAGGUGUGCGCUGACCUCAUCAACGGUGCCAAGAAACAGAAGCUCCGUGUUAAGGGACCCGUGCGCAUGCCAACCAAGGUGCUCCGCAUCACCACACGUAAGACUCCUUGCGGUGAGGGUUCCAAGACCUGGGACCGCUUUCAGAUGCGCAUCCACAAGCGUGUGAUCGACCUCCACUCGCCCUCUGAGAUUGUGAAGCAGAUCACCUCAAUCAACAUCGAACCUGGUGUAGAGGUUGAGGUCACCAUCGCUGACGCGUAG